GCCAUAGCAGCCUCAUAGUAAAUGCAAUGUGUUAUUUACAGUACUGUUUAUCCUAUGGAUGCAAGAAAUCGUCAGUGCAAAAACAAUUAAAGGAUAUGCAACAUCUACAACCCAAUGAAGAUGAUAUUGCUAAUGCAAAUGUCCCCGCAGUUACGUGUGAAAAUUGGUUUUAUGACUAUGAUUCAACAGCCAUCAUGAUGAGCCUACAUGAUCCCGAGGCUAUGCUGUUUGAUGCCAUUUUUUGUGGGAAUGUCUUCAAAGUAAAGCAGCUUAUUAACAGUGGAAUUAACAAAAAUACAGUUCUUCAUAGUCCAAUAAGAUGGGAAGGAGCUACUGUUUUAGGUACAGCAGCCUAUUCGGGCAAUAUUGAAAUAGUAAAGUUUCUUUUGGAUGUUGGAACAUCAAUCAAUUUUCAAGAUCCGUGCCUUUCUAGAAAUGCCCUUCAUUGGGCAAGUAUGGGUCCUGGUUCUAACGUGGUAAAAUAUCUCUCCGAGUGUGGAGCCGAUGUGAAUUGUUCUGACAGAGAUAACAUGACUCCAUUGCUUCAGGCAGCCAUGAACAGACAUAGCGAGUCUGUGUGUAUUCUAGUCCAACAAGGAGCUGAUGUUGACCAGAUGGACAGACUGCGAUGUUCAGCGUUGCAUUAUUCGUCUAUAAAUGGAGACCAAAAGUCAAUUACAGCAGUUAUCAAAGGAGGGUGCAUUUUAAACAAUCCAGCAAUAUUUGGUCGAGGUACAGUGCUGGCUAAUCUAGUUUAUCACAAAGAUUAUUAUAAUUGUUAUCUGUUGUUAGAAGCUGGUUAUAAUUUUUCGAAGGAUGAUUGGAUUAAUACCAUAGACGAUAAUCAGGGUAAUGAGAUAACAGAUAUGAUUAAAUUGUAUAAAAGUUCACCAAUGUCCCUCAAAUCUCUCAGUCGGUAUGUAAUAAGAACUCGUUUGAAACCGUCCCUGCAGAAAAAAGUGUCCAAACUUCCCAUUCCAAAAAGACUUCAAAACUAUAUCAUGUUACGGUAAUUUGUAUAAAUCAUUUCAUUUUCUAUACUAUCAUAUUUUGCGAAAGUUUAAGAUGCAUUAUGUAAAAUUUAGAUAAAUAGCUGGCUGUUCUUGCUAUAGUAGUUCAAAAAUAGAUUUGAUGAAAAAUUAAUAUACUGAAAAUCUCAUUCAAAUUACUUUAUUCUUCAAACUUAUGACUGUUUGAAGAAGUAGCGUAGAUGUUUUUUAUACUCCCACAUGGAAAAGUGAUGUACAAUAAUUAAUAGAAUACAAUAUCAAAAAAACGUUGUUUUAUCCAACGUUUUGUCAGUAAAAAUACUAACUUCUUCAGGGAUGAAGAACUAAAUACAAAAUGACUGGAAGUCAGUUAUGACAUCAUAGGAAGUUAUGACAUCAUAGGAAUGAUGUCAUGGACUUGAAAAUGAAAUGAAAUGGGGUUUAACGUCCUACUGUUCUGCUGCGACUGGGCUAAUGAAGACAGCCAUUGCAUAUGCCAUACAGUGUUCUUUGAGGGAAAUUUUGCCCGGACAGCAGCGUUACAGUCUACUCUUCUAUCGAAUUCCAACUGCCAAUGGAUCUUUUACAUGCACGCCAAUGUGUAGCCUACUCUGAACCUUGUUUUUUUUUUAUCCCAUCCGAAUGACUAGACAUCUUUCCAUGUCAGGCCCUCCGUCCUGCACCACUCUUAGACUUAGAUACACAACCUGAAAGGUUAGCUUAUGCUAUACAAUAAAGGUAAAAAUUUACAAGUAAGGAAAAUUAUUCAUGAUUAUGAAUGAUUUUAAAAAAAACCUGGAUUUGGCCAAACUGAAUUAAGUCUAUGAAUCCACAGACUUUCUGCUGUGUCCAAUUUUUUCUGAUCUUUAUCAGGAAUUUUUUGUACACAUAUUGCAUUUUACAGGUUUUACAUGUUAAACAAUAAACAACAUCCAAGUAAUGGCACAGUUGACAGAGUCUCUUAUAUUGAAUGAUUUCAUGUCUUUACUGGUUAUUUCUUGAUUUGUACACAUUUGGAAUAAGAGUAAGCUUUAUAUAAAAGCUGCUGUCCGGGCAAAAUUUCCUCAUACCAAACUAGCAGAACAAACCUCAUUUAAUUUCUGUUUACUCCACUUCAUUUUGCAUGAAACGUGAUUGGUUGAUACCUGAGUAACCUACCAGUCAAAACUUUUAUAAAUUCUGCCAAAUCUUUUGAGCAGCUUUGAUUAUCCAAACAUUUGAUUGAAUGUCUAAAUCGAGGUCAAAGCUAAAAACCCAUGAGUGACCAAUCAAGAAAACGUAACAAAAAAAAGCAUAGUUUUAAUUAGAAUGUUACUAGUGUACUUGUCAAACAGUCAAUAAAAAAAUCUGGCCCAGUCGUUACGUGAUAUGUGCCGGAAUAAAUCCGAUAUUUGUGAGUCAUAUGCCCUGAUGGCUGAAUGAGGAAGGUGCUGGCUCACUAACCAGGAGGUCCCAUUUCAAGUUAUAACAACAUAUAAGGAUACAUAGCAAAGGUCUGUAUGCUAUCAUAAUUUGCAUAGCAUUGCCAUAUAUUGAAUUACAAUAUGUUCAAUUUUAAUCAAGACACUGUACUAAACAUACAACAACACAGAUCUUAAAAUGAAAACACCACUUUGCUUUAUUAAAAGCUUGGUGCGUCAUUUUAGUGGUAUAGAAUCCCUCGCAAACUACAUUAUUUUGAAACAUUUAAUCUCCAAUAGGAAUAUCAGUCCAAGAAUUGUUCAAUUCCUUUCAGUAUUUACAAAGUUAUGAUAAAUUGAAAUUUCAUCAAUCUAUGCUGCUCGCUAUUUGCAAAAUGCUUCCCUCUUUUAUUUGUGGGGGGUUGGAUGGCCGAAUGGUUAACACAUUAUGUGCACUGUGUCAUAAGGUCUGUCAUUGAGUCAGCUGGCAUGGUUUUGAUUCCCGGGUUGUAUGUGACAAGGAGUAGAGUCGCCUGUCCAACCUCAUGGGUUUUCUCCGGGUUCUCUGGUUUCCCCCCACUGCUAAAGACGCCUACGCGCAAGCAAAUUAUUGAAAUAAAAUUGAACUAUAUGUUAGUCCCAAAAUGACCUAGCUUAAGCUUUCCAAAAUUUAAUCAUAUAAGCUUAGUGUGUUUCCCAUAACAUCAGAUGAACCCAUUUCAACACUUUAAUUAAUUUUUUACAUAAUAUUAUUUACUGAAAUUUUAUUCUAGUCAUUUAAGAGGUAUGUUAUAUUAAAAAUGCAAAACUAACUCAUACUUAGUUUGUCAAUAUGUAUUUUUUGUUGUUUUAAUGUUAACACUGGAAGCUGAUCCCUAUUGUUGGCCCCUGGGUUCGUCCGUCUGUCUGUCUGUCGGUCCGUCACUCUUUUUGGGACACAAUAACUCUCUUUCUUAUUGAGCUAGAAUGUUCAAACUUGGUGUAGGUGUUUAUUAGGUCAAUGCCUUGAUGAGUUCGAAGAUGAGCAUUUUCUGCUUUGGGUAAGCAGAGAUAUGAAAUUUGAUUGGUUGAUGCUUUGGGACAUGAUAACUUUAGUUCAAAUUAUGUGAUAGUGUUGACACUUGGUGUAUAGUUUUAUCACAUCAAUAACUUGACUAAGUUCGAUAAUGAGCAUCUUCCGCUCAGGGUAAGCAGAGCGAUAAGCAAUUUGAUUGGUCGAGACUUUGGAACACAAUAACUCUCCUUAUUGAAGUAGAAUGUUCAAACUUGGUGUAGGUAAUCCAUGAGUGGCAUUUAGUGAUUGAGCACAUUAAAAAACACAACACAAUUUAUAUGGAAUACAAUCACUGGUUUAUACUAUACACAUAUAGCACAACGUUUUGACAUGGUCAAAUGGUUAGCACGUGCGUGCUGUAUCAUAAGGCCUGUCAUUGAGUCAAUUGGCAUGGUUUUUAAUCCCCAGUGACAAUCAGUAGGGUCGCCUGUCCAACCUCGUGGGUUUUCUCCGGGUCCUCUGGUUUCCUCUCACUGCUAAAGACCCCUACGUGCAAGCAAAUUAUUGAAAUAAAAUUAAACCAUAUGUUAGUACCUAAAUGACCUAGUUUGUGUUAAACCCCAUUUCUCUCUCUUAUCGUUUAACCAGUGAUUGUAUUCCAUUUAAAUUGUGUUUUUUUUUUCUUGGUGUAGGUGUUCAUUAGGUGAAUGCCUGGAUGGAGUUCGAUGAUAAACAUUGUCGGCUUACGGUAAGCAGUGAUAAGCAAUCUGAUUGGUUGUUGCUUUGGGGCAUGAUAACUUUAAUUUUAAUUAAGUGAGAGGGAUGAAACUCGGAGUAUAGAUUCAUUAUAUCAUUACCUUGACUAAGUUCGAUGAUGAGAAUUUUCUGCUUAGGCGAAGGAGCAAUAAGCAAUUUGAUUGGUCAAGACUUUGGAACAUAACACCUCUGCUUUUAAUUGAGGUAGAAUGUUUAAAGUAGCUUCUCUAUCUCAAUAUCAUCUAAAACCUUCGACAUUGAAAACACGAAUUAUUUGUCAAUUUAAAUCAACAUUGAUGUUGUGAUCUUACCUGAAAAAGAUGGGCUUCUGAUAUCCAAUAUUUAAGACAAACUAAACGUUUUACAAUUGGUACACGAAUCGUGUACCAUAAUGCUUUUCAGCACCAUUUGUAAUAAGGGACUCGAAAAACAAGGCUAGGCAUAUUCCACAAGUCAUGUCAAAUGGUGACACAAUAUUCUUAUCUGGAGAGCAUGCACAAUGAAUACUAUUGGUAUAGACUGGAAUAACCAGAUGCUACAGAUUACCAUUCGAUUGAGACUUCUGGGUAUUUCGCCGAACAUAACUGAUUAGAAAUUACAGUAAAAACAGAAACGAUUGAAUGUAAAUCAGUUUAUAUACAUACAUAUUACAUUAUCAUAUGCGUUGCGACCCAUUAGCGAUUUAGCCCCUUUAAACUUGAUGUAGAUGUCCCUUAGGUGAAUGUCUUGACUGAGUUCAAUGAUUAACAUUUUGAGCUAAACUUAUAUGUGUAUAGUUGAUAAUCAGUUUGAUUGCUUGAUACUUUUGAAAUCAAUUAAUAUGUGUCAUCUAUUUAUUUUGGGAUUUCGGUGGGGGACAUUAUCCUCACUGUUGGCUUGUUUAUUAACAUUUAAGGCAUAAAGAAAGACCUGCAGUAGGCACAUUUAGCUCUUGCAUAAUGCCUGUUUAAGUGAAGCUCAAGUGUAUAGAAUGUGUAUGCCUUGUAUAUUGAUGUUAAAAUCAAUAAAUGGUUAUGUGCAUUAAUAUGCUUUUGUUUAUUUUUCUACAAAGAAUAUGAAAUAUUUACUAGUGAAAAGUAUGAAAUGUUAUCAAUGCUUAUAUAUUUUUACCAGGGUAGGUAACUUAAUUAUAAUCAAUUUUAAAUUAAUAUUAUCAUUCAUGAUGCAUUUUAGCGUGUCAUUAUGACAUAUUUGAACAGGCAUAACAUGAUAAAUAAAUAAACAUUUUUAUUGUAAAUAUUCCAGUGAUGAAUAUUUACCAGAAGGUACUUUAUUGCUUUCAUGACUCAACUUUACUGGAGUAUUUAUUAUUCUGGUCAGAUAUUUAUGGAUAUUGUUUUGUCAAACUAGAGUGUAAAAUCAUUUAUGCAAAUUUCUGGAAUAAUUGAACUUUGAUUAGACUAAAGUUUGCUGACUAGUCAAGUCCCCAUCCCUACCCCUCAUAUCAAUAUAGUUAGGAUAUAACUAGAAUUUAAUUUGAAUAGGGUUUGGGGGAACAAAGUUAUUUCAAAUUUAUGAGGCUGGCCAUGCUGUAGCUAAAUUGGUAUUGAAUAUAUGAUUUAAAUGUUACAUUGGUGAGAAACUUUGAACUGUGAAUUGGUAUCAUAAUUAUAUUUGAAUAAAUUUUAUAAUUUUAUGCUCAGUGUAUUGAUUAUUAAAUAUAUAAUCAUAAAUCAAAUCAUCAUAUGCAUAUUAUCUUUUUGAAUUAUUUAAUUUAUCUUUUUUAUUUUUAUUUUUUUCAAAUCAUUGUUGUUAAGCAUUUCCUUUUUGGUAUUAUCUUUGCAUUUGAUACAAUAAAAAAUAUAUCAGCCUA